AUGGAGAUAUCAGAACCCACUAAGUUGAUUUUCUAUGUGAGUCGGGCAUUUGGUCUAGCCCCGUACGUUAUAAAACGAACCGCCAAAGGGCAAAUAGUGGACUAUCGGCGUAAUAUGUUUUUAAUUGCCUACAGUCUUAGCUUGGUGUUUUGUUUGGCUGGACUCACAUAUAAGGGAAUAUUUUUCGACGUCACUUCGAAGAAACCCAUACGUUUCGUUUUCAGAAUGAAAACGGCUACUUCAAAGGUGGUCACGAUUCUGGAUGUAUCGGUCGUGGUAUCAGCCUGCAUUUGUGGUGCACUGAGCGGCAUAUGGGGUUUGCAGUUUGUGCGUGAAUUAAACCAACGUCUUGUUGAGGCAGAUGAAAUGCUCUCCUUAUACAUCAGUGGACGGAACCGAAGCAAACGAAAACAUAAAGGCGUUCUCAUGCUGGGAUUAGUCAGUUUCAUCAUCACUGGAGCAUUGUCGUUGGAUAUCUGGGUCUGGUACAGAAUAGCGGACAAAAUAAAAAAUGAGUACAGCGAUUCAAGUGCGAAUGUGUUGGGUUAUUUUCCAUUCUACUGCCUUUAUUAUAUCCUCAUGAUGUUCCACGUACUGUUCGCACAAGCAGCGUUGGGCAUCGGCAACAGAUAUCGAGACUUGAAUGUAGCCCUAUAUGAAACGUUUCCCGACUUCAACAGAAUGCCACAGAUAGAUGUUUCUCCAAUUUCAUCCAUCAACCUCGAUCCUGGCAGAAGAGUGCCAGUAGACAUCGAAUGUCGAAAGGGUGUUACCAACGUUGUUCAUGGACUUAUGAAACAACGUAACUCACCACGAAGAGUUAUAGCAGACUUAGCUGAAAUACAUGCUUCCCUGUCAUACGGCGUGGUGCUAGUAUCGAAGACCUUUGGUAUUGCUCUGUUAACAGUGCUUGGAUCAUGCUUACUACAUCUGGUUGCAACGUCCUACUUCUUAAUGGUUGAGCUUGUUGGCGAUAAGGACGCCGUCUUUGCGUGGAUUCAAGCCUUAUGGUUAUUCAUCCAUAUGUUCCGGUUCCUGCUGACCAUUGAACCGUGCCACAUUACCAAUACCGAAUGCAAUCGUACGCUCGUCAUCAUCAACAAUUUGCGACGUGCUUGCAAGAAUCCAGAGAUCGUGGAAAGCAUAAACAUGUUUUGGCAGCAACUUGUAGGAAACAAUGUUUCAUUUACAGCUUGUGGGCUUUGCACUAUUGAUCGAAGGAUUAUCACAUCGUACUGCGGAGCGAUUGCUACCUACUUAGUAAUUUUAAUCCAAUUCAAAGAAGCGGACGACAAUUCUCUUAAAACAUCGCAUUGA